AUGUCCUCUUGCAAUGCAAGUCCUGCCCUUUCCUCCCUGUCGGACUACAGAAGAUAUGGUCGUCAAAUGAUCAUUGAUGGCCUGGGACUUCCCGCUCAAGUAAAACUGCAAAAUGCCUCUGUACUUGUCGUCGGUGCUGGUGGUCUUGGAUGUCCUACACUACAAUAUCUCUGUGCUGCAGGCGUUGGUCGACUCGGUAUUGUUGAUCACGACGUGGUUGAGCUUUCCAAUCUACAACGUCAAGUGCUUCACUCAGAAGCAACUAUCGGAAUACCAAAAGUCGAAUCCGCCGCUCAGGCUCUCAAAAAACUAAACAGCACAACACGAAUAGACGAACACAACACCGCUCUCUCCCCCUCAAACGCAGAAUCCAUCUUAUCCCAAUACGAAGUGAUCAUUGACUGUACAGACAACGCGCCCGUGCGGUACCUUCUCUCCGAUACCUGCGUGCGCCUCAAUCGGCCUCUCGUCAGUGGCGCAGCCCAACGACUCGACGGCCAACUCUGCGUAUACAACCUUCCUCUUCCCUUCGAACAAAACGAACACAAAAACAACAACGGCGGAGCCCCAGAGCGCGGACCAUGUUAUCGAUGUCUCUUCCCAAGACCGCCCGCCCCGGAAAUGUCGGGAAGCUGCGAAGAAACGGGUAUCUUGGGCGCGGUGACGGGUGUCAUUGGUUCUUUACAAGCACUUGAGGCAAUCAAGAUCAUAGCCGGAUUACACGACGGCAAACCCUCUUUACUCGUCUACUCCGCCCUCGCCUCGCCUCCAUUCCGAAGCGUCAAACUACGCACACGUCGGAAAAACUGUCCCGCCUGCGGGGACGAAGGCGAGAGGAUUGGCAAGAUCUCGGAACUCGAUUAUAUCACCUUCUGUGGUGGACCCAGACCAAAUUGGGUACAACGCGGACUUGUCGUAAACAACUCUCGAAGAAGAAUUAGCGCAAAUGAAUUAAACCAACGGAUACAAUCCCAAUCCAACUCGCGCUCAAUUCGGAUAUUAGACGUCCGAAGCCCCGUCGAAUUCGGUAUCUGCCACCUCCCCAGCUCGCAAAAUACACCGCUCUCAGAAAUCGUAGCAUCUCCAACAUCAUAUACAUCAUAUACAUCAUAUAAUUAUAAUGGAAGAAAAAGUCCAACAAAGUCCUCCGUUUCAAACGAAGCAAACGAAGACGGAGAAACACAAGAAACACAAGAAGAAAAGCCAUUAACAGUCUUCGUCUGUCGACUUGGUAACGAUUCUCAGAUCGCCGCGGAUGCCUUGAGGGAUACCAGUAGCGGCGGGGAGGACACAAACGAGAUUGUAGAAGAAAUCGUAGAUCUUAUCGGGGGACUGAGGAGCUGGGCUGCUGAAGUUGACCCAGAAUUCCCCGUGUACUAA